AUGGUUCAACGCAAGGAGCCACCGUCGGAGCAGCUUAGAGCCUACACAUUACUCAUUGAACUCUUGUCGUACCAAUUUGCCUUUCCAGUUCGAUGGAUUGAGACACAAAAUGAUCUAAUUCAACGAGAUAAUACUAUCCAGCGCUUCAUUGAAGUGGGACCUUCCAAUGUCCUGGCGAAUAUGGCGAAGAAGACAGCCAAGGGCCAAUAUGGGGAACAGGAUCUGGUGCGCUGCAUAGACCGGCAGUACCUAUCGCACGCCGACGACGCACAGCAUAUCUACUACCAUUACGAUGAGGAGCCACCAGUGGAGGGCGCUAUUGAUGAACCGGCUCAACCGGCUACCUCUUCCACCCCUGCUGCUGCUCCGGUACCAGUGGCCGCGCCUCCAGCGGUAGUCCAAGCGGCACCCCAGGCGGCUGCCCAGCAAGCUGUCUCCGUACCCGAUGUCGAUUUGAGUGCAAUCGACGUUGUUAUUUCCAUAGUAGCUCAGAAGAUCCGCAAAGCAUUUGAUGAGGUGCCUGCAGCGAAGUCUAUCCGUGAUCUAUCUGCUGGCAAAUCCACGUUACAGAAUGAACUCAUCGGACAGCUGGAUGCAGAGUUUCGCGGUCUACCGGAGGGAAGUGAAGAUCUUGCGCUAGAAGCACUAGCUUCCCACUUCACAAACUUCUCCGGACAACCUGGAAAGGUGAUGGGCGGACAUAUUGAUCGCCUCGUAGCUGCCCGCAUGCCUGCUGGCUUCAACCAAGCCAAAAUCAGAGAAUACCUCUCUUCACACUGGGGGCUAGGCCCCAACCGACAGACCACCGUCCUAUGCUAUGCCGUAACUAUGGAACCAGCUGCUCGCCUUGCAGACGCUGCUCAGGCAACGCAGUUCCUAGACUCCGUGGUGAGCCGAUACGGCGGAAAGGCAGGCAUCGCCGUACAGAAGAGGGCGGAGGGCGCAACGGCACAGACUUCUGCUGUGGCUCAGGUCGACCUGGCUAGCCUUGAAACUCUCAAGAAGAACCAGAAUGAGUACUUACACAAGCAGUUUCAGCUUCUGGCGAAGCAUUUGGAUUUGGAUGGCGUGGAGCCACCCAGCCAAACCAAGGUGCAAGGAGAGGAUACCGAUAGAUUGGCUGAAUGGGAUGCAGAAUUUGAUGAAGAGUUUCUCACCGGCAUGCGGACAAUCUUCGACCCGCGCAAGGCUCGUCGUUAUGACUCAUGGUGGAACACGGCUAGAGAGGACCUCAUGGCCUUGUUGCAUGAUAUCCGUCCUGUCGCCGUGGACAAGACCUCACAGCGAUACCAGAGCCUUGUCAACCGGUGGUCACCUGAAUUGGAGCAAAUGCUGGACCAUACUGCCCAGGAUGACACGACAAAGGAGAAGGCCCAGAAGCUGAUUGAUGAUGUUCGUGCUUCGGGCGUAGCCAACGGACCCGUCUUCCGUUAUACUCAGCCUGCUAUGGCACCCGAGACGAAAGUCGAUGCAAACGGGCGGAUCCAGUACUCUGAGGUGCCUCGCCAUCAGCUCAACGGCGAAAGCAAGGUUCUGAACUACGCGCAGGUAGUUGCUGGCCCACACCGCAACGUGCCCUAUGCGCAUCUCCGCAGUCGAGCCGGUGUGGAUUGGAAGUAUGAUGCCCAGCUCACAGAUAUGUUUCUGAAUAUCCUAUCCGCUGGAGCAUCUACCGGACUGUCAUUUGCGGGUCGAAGAGUCUUGGUGACCGGUGCUGGAGUUGGUUCGAUCGGAGCAGACAUCGUGGCCGGGCUGCUGGCUGGUGGAGCGCGCGUCAUCGUCACCACCAGUCGACAGCCGUCAGAUGUUGCUGCAUCCUUCCGCCAGCUGUAUGCUAAGGUCGGUGCACCUGGGUCAGAAUUGAUUGUGCUGCCAUUCAACCAAGCCAGCAAGCGUGACUGCGACGAUUUAAUCAACCACAUCUACGAUGAGCAGUCUGGAUACGGGUGGGACCUCGAUUUUAUCAUCCCCUUUGCGGCCAUCUCCGAGAUUGGGCGGCAGAUUGAUAAGAUUGACUCUAAGUCAGAAUUGGCGCACCGUGCUAUGUUGGUUAAUCUGCUCCGCUUGUUGGGAUGCAUCAAACAGCAAAAGGAGAAACGGGGUUUCGAUUGUCGUCCUACAGGUGUUGUGUUGCCCUUGUCUCCUAACCAUGGUAACUUCGGUGGAGACGGCUUAUAUUCUGAGUCCAAACUGGGACUCGAGACCCUGUUCAAUCGUUUCCAUUCAGAGGGCUGGUCUGACUUCCUCUGCAUUAUCGGUGCCGUGAUCGGCUGGACCCGCGGCACGGGCCUGAUGAGUGCCAACAAUAUCGUCGCCCAGGGUAUGGAGGAUUCCUUGGACAUACUGACGUUCUCUGCCCCUGAGAUGGCUUUCAAUAUUCUAUCUCUUCUGUCAGGUGACAUACUCGAAGUGGCGGACGACGAGCCGAUCUAUGCGGAUCUGAGUGGAGGUCUUCAAGGGGUCAGCGACCUCAAGGAGAAGAUUUCGGGAAUCCGCAAAAAGAUUGUCUCGCAAAGCCGUAUCCGCCAGGCGUUGGUCGCCGAAAAUCAACACGAGCAAAAGGUUCUUCAAGGGACGAAGCCUGCUGAUGAUAAUGUUCGACCUCCUCUCAAACACCGCUCCAACAUCGAACCAGCUUUUCCACCUCUGUCAGACUAUAGCUCUGUAACGGCUGGACUUCAGUCCUUGCAGGGGAUGGUGGAUCUGUCCCGUACUGUGGUGGUGGUAGGUUAUUCGGAGCUGGGCCCUUGGGGAUCUUCGCGCACACGCUGGGAGAUGGAACAUGACGGUCGCCUGUCACUGGAAGGUUAUACCGAACUGGCAUGGAUGAUGGGCCUCAUUAAGCACUUUGACGGCGACCUCAAAGGGAAGCCAUACGCUGGCUGGGUGGACUCCAAGACAAAAGAACCCGUGGAAGAGGCAGAUAUCGAAGAGAAAUAUGGACAGCAUAUCUUGAGCCACGCUGGAAUUCGUGUAAUAGAACCUGAACUGUCGGAGGGAUAUGAUCCAUCCCAGAAAGAGAUCAUGCACGAAGUGGUCAUUGAUGAGGACCUUCCUCCCUUUGAAGCUCCCCAGGGUGUCGCCCAAGCAUUUAAGCUGCGCCAUGGAGAUAAAGUCACUUUGACGCCGCUUGAAGGUUCCGAAUCUGUCAAAGUCGUGGUUAAGCGUGGAGCUGUUUUCAUGGUACCCAAGGCUAUGGCGUUCAAUCGGUUUGUCGCCGGUCAGCUCCCGUCUGGGUGGGAUCCAACUCGGUACGGAAUUCCCGAGGACAUUGUCGCCCAGGUGGAUCCCAUGACAGUCUAUGUUCUAUGCUGCGUCUCUGAGGCCAUGUAUAGUGCCGGGCUGGAAGAUCCCUUUGAGCUGUACCGCCACAUCCAUGUAUCGGAGUUGGCUAACUGCGUCGGCACUGGAGCCGGUGGCUUGCUGGCUAUGCGUGGCGUGUAUCGGGACAGAUACCUUGAUCGACCGGUGCAAAGUGACAUUCUCCAGGAAUCUUUCCUCAACGCCAUGAAUGCCUGGACAAAUAUGCUCUUGAUGGGUGCUGCUGGUCCUAUCAAGUCUCCCUCAGGUACAUGUGCAACCUCCGUGGAAUCCAUGGAUAUAGCCUGUGAAGCAAUCCAGACACUCAAGGCCAAGGUCGCAAUUGUUGGUGGCUCCGAUGACUUCCAGGAGGAGAUGUCCUAUGAAUUCGGUAACAUGAAGGCCACGGCGAAUGCAGAGGACGAGAUGGAGAAGGGAUAUCUUCCUUCGGAAAUGUCUCGGCCUACAGCAUCUUCACGCAGUGGAUUCGUUGAGUCCGCUGGUUGUGGUAUCCAAGUGGUUAUGAGCGCCGAGCUGGCUCUGCAGAUGGGUCUUCCAAUCUAUGGAAUUGUUGCUUACUCCCAGAUGGCAGGCGACAAAGUCGGCCGGUCUGUGCCUGCGCCUGGUCAAGGUGUACUCACUGCCGCCAGGGAAAGCCUUGAUGCGGCGCAGUCACCCUUACUGAAUCUGCAAUACCGCAAGGCACGACUCGACGAAGCUGUUUCUGAAAUCAAGAGAUGGCGUCACAAAGAAUCCCAGAAGCUCAUCGCGUCCACAACCUCUCAGGAGUUCAAAGAUCUUGAUGCGCACCUACAACACAUCAACAACAUCGCCGCGUCUCGUAUCCGCGAUGCUCAGUGGACAUGGAAUAACAACAUCCGUCAUAUAGAUCCCACCAUUGCUCCCAUGCGCGCCGCACUGGCAACGUGGGGAUUGAGUGUCGACGACAUUCAAGUGGCGUCCUUCCACGGCACGUCAACCAAGGCAAAUGACAAGAAUGAAAGCAACGUUAUCAACCAGCAAAUGACCCACCUGUCACGCACGGUUGGCAAUCCACUUCUAGUCAUAUGCCAGAAGUCACUGACCGGUCAUCCGAAGGGUGCCGCAGGCGCCUGGAUGUUCAAUGGCUGUCUCCAGGCUCUCCAAACCGGUAUCGUACCCGGAAACAGGAAUGCAGAUAAUGUCGACGUGGCGCUCCAGCAGUUCAAGCAUCUGGUUUAUCCAUCACAGACCAUCCAUACAUCUGGCAUCAAGGCUUUCAUGUUGACAUCGUUCGGCUUUGGACAAAAGGGAGGCCUCGUGGUAGGCGUUGCCCCUCGCUAUCUCUUCUCCACUAUCCCGGCCAAUCGAUUCGAAGAUUAUCGCGAGCGGGUGCUUCAACGCCAGCAGAAGAUUAUCCCCGUGUUCCAAAAGCGCAUGUCAGAGGGCCGUCUCUUCCAGAUCAAAGAUCAGUCAGCCUGGACGAGCGACCAAGAAAAGGACGUCUUUCUUGAUCCCCAGGCCCGUGUGUCCCAGAAGCCUACUGGUGAAUACAAUUUUCCGACGACGGUUGGCUCAGGUGCAUUGCCCCAACCUGCAAGGAUCGUUUCCGACGACAAACAGCUCUUCGCCAGGUCUUCCGAUCAAUGGCUACGCGACAGUAUAAGCAAGGAGCAGGGCAAUGUGUCUGUUGGUGUAGAUAUUGAGUCUAUCUCGAGCGUCAAUGUGGAGGAUGAGAUAUUCCUGGAACGCAAUUUCACGCCAGGUGAGCUCAAGUACUGCGAGGGCAGCCCAGAUAAACAAGCGAGCCUUUCAGGGCGCUGGGCGGCCAAGGAAGCGAUUUUCAAGAGCCUCCAGAUACCAUCGGAAGGCCCUGGCGCUGCGAUGCGAGAUAUUGAGAUUAUCAGCAACGGUGCACAGCCUCCAACCGUUCUGCUUCACAACCGGGCCAAAUCCGCUGCCGAUGCACAGAAGGUAGAGGAGGUCCAGGUUAGUAUCACGCACUCCCCAGAGAGUGCCAUGGCUAUUGCUUUAGCGCGACGUCGGUUAUAG